AUGGCAGAUGACAUUCUCAAAUGCAUUCACAAAGAAUUUAAAUACGUUUUGAUAAGUAGCGAUAUAAACAAUCAAAUAAAAGAAUUAACUUUUAGUGGAAGCGAGCAGAAAUUUCAAAGUGUUUUGGCGUCCUAUUUUAGAAGAAUAAUUUUUGACGAAAAAGGAAAAAAUGAAUUAAAAGAAUCCAUAAAAGAAAAACUUAAAAGUAGUAAAGAAAAUGAUAAUGAAGGAGAAAAUAAUAUAGAAAAAAAAAAUUCCAAUACAGUAACACCAGAUCUAAUAGAUAAUGCAGUGGAAUCAUCCCAAACCUAUCAAAUAAUACCUUUAACUAUUCCUUCAGAAAAAACAAAUUAUUUUGCUGUUAAUUGUUAUAUUGAUGAUAUUGGACGCAUAAAAAAAUUGCCUUACAAUAGUAGGGCUUCAAGAAUAUGUAGCACAGAAAUUUAUGGAGAUGCAUUCUUAUCAAAGACAUAUGAUAACGAGGAUUUCAGGAGGUGUGAUUUUACAAUAUCUGAGUAUGAUGAGUUUUUGAAAAAUCCACCCAAGGCAGAAAACAGGUGGGACCAAGCUCAAGCAAUGCAGGACCUUCUACGACAAAUGAAAGCACAGAAAGAAGGGGACAGCAGUACCAGUAUACAAAAUGAAAAGCCGAACGCCUGUGAACAUUGUUAUACGGAAAAAAACCUAAAGAGAUGCGGAAAGUGCAAAAAAGUAUAUUACUGCUCGAUAGAAUGCCAAAGAAAGGACUUUGUUUUUCACAAAAGAAUUUGUUUAUGA